GUCUCAGCUAAGGCUCAGAGUAUUUCGCCUGCCCCCAGCAGUCUGUAGCCGGUAGCCCGUCCGCACGUAGGGAUAGGGGCUCAACGCGGCCACCGAGCGGCCAGGACCCGGGGAAGAGGAGGUGGAGGCGCUGCUGCCAUGGUCUCGCUGCCCUCGCGCCGCUCGCUCUUCGCUGCUGCGCUGGGUCUCGCCGGCCGCCGUCGGCUUCCCCGUCACCACGCUCCGGCGGCAGCGCAGACCUCCUCGGGCGCGGGGGGCCAGGUGGACACCGAGGGGUCCAGCGGGCCCACCGCGAUUCUGCGGCAUUUGCUACUCAAGCUGCGGGCCACGGGGCCGGUGACGGUGGCCGAGUACAUGCGGGAGGCACUCACGAACCCGGGCCAGGGCUACUACACGCGCGGCGGAGGUAUCGGCGAAAGCGGGGAUUUCGUCACCUCGCCUGAAAUAAGUCAGAUAUUUGGAGAGUUAAUAGGAAUAUGGUGUAUUAGUGAAUGGAUAGCCAUGGGCAAACCUAAAGUAUUCCAGCUGGUGGAACUAGGCCCAGGAAGGGGCACUCUCACUGAUGAUAUAUUACGGGUCUUCAACCAGCUUGCUUCUUUACUUAGUAAAUGUGAUGUCUCUAUUCAUCUGGUAGAAGUAAGUCCCAAACUCGGAGAGACCCAAGCACUGAUGCUAACAGGAGGGAAGGUGCAGUCAAACCCUGAGGACAAGUCUGCUUACAUGCAGGGUGUUACCAAGACUGGAAUUCCUAUUUUCUGGUACAGAGACAUUCAGGAUGUACCAGCAGGUUACAGCUUUUACCUAGCACAUGAGUUUUUUGAUGCCCUUCCAAUACAUAAAUUUCAGAGAACAGAGAAAGGUUGGCGUGAAGUGUUGGUUGACAUCGAUCCAGAAGUUCCUGACCAGCUGCGGUUUGUCCUUUCACCAUCCAGUACUCCUGCAACAGAAAAUUUUAUUCAGCCUGAAGAAAGGAGAGAUCAUGUGGAAGUGUGUCCUGAGGCUGGUGUCAUCAUUCAGAGGCUUGCCUGUCGUAUAGAAAAGGACGGUGGGGCUGCACUGGUUGCUGAUUAUGGUCAUGAUGGAACCAAAACAGACACAUUCCGGGGUUUCCGGAAUCAUAAACCUCAUGAUGUGCUGAAAGCUCCAGGUACAGCAGACCUGACAGCAGAUGUGGACUUCAGCUAUCUUCGAAAGAUGACCCAGGGAAAAACAGCCACGUUAGGCCCCAUAAAACAGCGGGAGUUUCUGAAAAACAUGGGCAUUGACCUCCGAUUGCAGGUACUUUUGCAGAAUUCACAUGACACAGAAACUCGUGAGCAGUUGCUUCACAGCUACGAUAUGUUGAUGAAUCCCGAGAAGAUGGGCGACUGCUUCAACUUUUUUGCCCUACUGCCUCACCAGAGAUUUCCACAUCUGGACAAGAAACAUAAGCCAGAAUUGAAGUCUCCUGUGUCACCUGUUGCUGGGUUUGGUGAACUCUUACUGAAGUAAUUUCAAGCACUAUAGCAAAAUGUCUGAUAGUAGUAGCUUUCAAUAGCAACUUAAUAAAUUUAUUUAACAAAAAAAGGUUUCGCCUACUAAAGGUAUUUCAGUAAUGUAAUCAGCAUAUGGAGUAAGGUAAGAACUAAGUAUUUCAAUUUAUCUUUGAACUGAAGGCACAGAAAACGUCACAUCUUUUCAGGCAACUCUCACAGCAAUCUGUGCUUCAAGGCCUAGCCAUAAUUUGGUGGGGAGUGUUCUGUGGAGUAAAUUUCAUGCAGCAUUCUAAAUCUGUCAACUAGCUUAUUCAAAGUAGUAUUGUACAAACCAAAUGCUGCCCGUACAGAAACCAACCUACAGGGAGCAGAAAAUAAAUGAUGUUUUAGAAGUCUUAUAUUUACUAGUGGAAUCAAGUUUAAACUUACCAGUAACAAACAGAUGUGCUGAGACUUUAAGCAAGUA